CACGUGUUCAUUAAGUUUUUACAAGUUUACACUCCAUAAACUUUCAAUGAAAUAAUAUUAAUAUAGUUUACUUGAUCAAUAAUCAAUUUUAUACCUUCAUAAAAGUUCGAAACCUGUGCACUCGCUGUUUGAUUCGACAAAUUGUUCUUCAUUUUUAAUUAGUAUUUUAACAACAUUAUUAUUAUUAACAUCAGUGCUCAUGUAUUGUAAAAAUGCGAUAUUUGGAUGUUUCUCUAGAAUUUCCAAAUAAUCCCCAUCGAGAUAUUAGUGAGGUUUUUUUGAAGAAUCAUGUUAUGCAAUCGUUAAAACAAUUAUUUGGCGAAGAAGGAGCAAACUGUUCAGUCGAUUUACUUCGAUUUAAUCAUACAUCAAGGAGGUUUAUUUUACGGUGUGAAGACAAGGAUUACGUGAGACUGAGAUCAUCACUUACACUAGCAAGUACUUACAACGACGACGAUUGUGUAUUUACCGUGCAUAAAGCAUCUGCAAGCCCUUUUGGUUUAUUAUCAGACGGAAGAGAUUAUCAACAUUGAAAUAUAAUCACUAUUAGAAAUACAAAA